AUGGCUGACCGUGAGGCACAGACAACUACGAUGGAUGGCUUUGAUGAGGACGUGGACAUGGACGCUACUUUAACCCCGGUCUCAUUUCCAGACUACGAAGAUAAUCUUCAAUCGGUUGCAGUAGACCAUUCUGCACAUACGAGGCAGUCCACGGACAAGCGCAGCAUCUCGUCAGAAACCCAUUCUACCCACGAUUCUUGCUGGCCCCCUGUUCAGACCACUACGGACCCUGGGAUUGACGUGGACGAUAAUGUGAUGGAGACACUAAAUCCGACGAUGCCUGGAGAAAUCAUCCCGGUGUCACGAGGUGGACCUGAUAAGGGCGUGGUGCUGGAUCACGGCGAGCCUCCCAGCCUGGUGUUGGAAUGGAUUGGAAGCUUGCAUGGAUUGCAGGUUGACGUCCCCUCUAAUCAGCAGAGUCUCUACUCUGGUAUCUUUGCCUCCACAACGAAUGUCCAAGCUUCUACGUUUUAUCCUUCAGUGUCCCAAAUGCGGGAUAUCAAUGCCAUUAAGCAGCAGGUUACGGAUCUUAUCUUGGCCAACAUGCGGUACGAUGUACAAUUGAUGCAGAUCGACCCCGCACAUGAAUUGGAACGCCUGUACCAGACUUCCACUCCCCCGAUUUCUGUGAAGGCGGCGACCGCUGCACUAUAUGCUCAUUAUGCGACCUCGAGGGAACAAUGUGUAAGCACGGCGCUUCCCAGCGCUUUUUGGUGUGAGACUACCAUUCUUCGUGCUCUUGCAAUGUAUUUGAGGGAGCCAAUUUAUGUAUGGGGUGUGGACGAGACCGGCAAUUGCUCCGCGAGACGGUUUUCUUUCCAGACAUUCGCGAUGCCCAAUGAGGACGACCACGAAACGGGCAUCGUGCAGGUACUUGACGUUGAGCGAGUUGUGUCAUCCUCGAGGCUUGUUAUAACAACAAGGUCAUUCCAGUCAUGCUGGUAUUGA